GGCCUUUUGAAGAUGCACUGGAACCCGGAGCAUGCCCAGCCCCUGAGCCAGUGGCCCGAGCAGCAUUUGGAUGUAUCCUCCACCACCUCCUCUCCUGCACACAAACCCGAUCUGUAUUCGGCUCGCGGGCGCGGCUCCUACAGCUACGCCUGGGCUAACGACGACAUCUCAGCACUCACUGCCUCCAACUUACUAAAGCGCUACGCUGAGAAGUACUCGAGUGUGCUGGACUCCACCUAUGAGCGCCCCGCCAUGGGUAACUACCCCGAGUCUGGUGCCUUUGGGACCCUCAAUGUCAGCCAGAAAAGUGAACUAGAACCCUGGCCCCUUACGCACAGCACUGACACAGCAUAUUCUUUAGUACCCCCCUCUUCGCACGAUGGCUUGAAGGUGGGGCCGGCGGCAAUGCCACCCGGGUCGGGUAGUGUCUCUGCGGGCAGCAGCAACCUCUCGGACUCGGGCUACAGCGCAAGCAGCUCAUGUAGUGGCCCCCACUCGAGUGACUACCCACCCAGCUACAGCGGUACCUACCUCUCAUCAGGAUACUGCCCCCAGGGCAGCUCAGCACUUCCUUCUGCUCCACUGCAUGCCCUUCAAUCUGGCUCUACCCUCUUACCCAGCUAUACACCUUCUACACCUGUGUAUAACUACCCUCCAAGCACCUACCCACACCAGACCAGCCUCCCACCAACCUACGGCCACCCGACUACUGCUUACCUUCCCUCGGGUAUUGCUACCCCAACCCCAGUCCCUACACGCCCCACGGUGGUGGGAGGCAGCUACAGUUAUCAGAAUAGCAACCUGGGCUCAGAGUCCACGGGCUCACUUAAGAGGAAGGCAUUUGAGAUGUCUCCGGAAGGGGAAGACGGGGAUGGAAGCUCACGUUACAGGAAGUACGGCUACGAUGCCUUAAAGUCUGGCGCAGACUCACCGUAUAGUGUAGGUGAUAAAGCAGAAUGUAGAGGAAAUGGCUUUGCCACCAAUAGUGCAGACCCACAGGCCUUCAAGCCCAGCAAACCUGGGUCUCAGCCAGGGAUCGGUGGCGACGAGGUGGGCAAAUAUAACGGCCUGAAGCCACUGCUGUCCCCAGCCUAUGGGGCAGCUGGUGACUACAGCCCCCCAGCAGCUAUGACUGGAGAGAAUGGAGGAACUGAUCACGGUUUCCCACAGCAGCAGAGAUCACUCAAGCGCUCAGAGAACCUUAAGGGCACAGAGCAGCGACUGCUGGAGGUGGUGAAUAACGAGCUGCAGGACUGCACCCUGCUACCAUUGUGGUCAGACCUGGUUGGGCACACGCAUCUCAAAGCAGCGCUGGAAGAGGAGUUCCUGUGGCCGGCACUGCGCACUGAUGGUGCCAUCCGAUCCCCGCGAACUGUUCUGCUAUUUGGUCCAAGAGGGGCCGGUAAGACCACACUGGCCCAUUCCAUGGCCAACCAGUUGGGAGCCACUUUCUUUAAACUGAGCUGUGCUAUGCUGACCUCCAAGUGGAAAGCCGAGGCCGAGCAGCUCCUCGGCAUGCUAUUCUCCGUGGCCUCUGCACGCCAGCCGGCCGUGGUGAUGCUGAGCGAGUUAGAGGCCAUUGAGGAUGACGAGGGUCUCAGACAACAGUUGCAGUCCGUGUUAGAGAAAACACUGCGUGGAAUGGUGCUGGUGGUCAGCUCCACAUGCCACCUAGAGCUCUUAAAGGAGCCACUCCUGCGCUGCAUGUCCAAGAGGUACCACGUCAGUCUUCCCGAUGUGAUCGGGCGCAGGCAGCUUCUCAUGCAGGUCCUCGGGCCGCACGGCUGCGGUCUCAGCGAGCAGGAGCUAGCAGCCGUGAUCCAACGCACAGAGGGGUUCUCCACACGCGAGCUGCUGCAGCUCGGCCAGCAGGCCAUGGCCUCAACGUCAGGCGCCGGUCAAAUGCACGGCCUCAGUAACCCCCUCUCCGCACCCGGCUUUAAAGACUUUGAGAACGCCUUCUGUAAAGUGCGCCCACACGGCGCCCCCAAAGAAGCAGACACUUGUAUGGAAUGGAGCAAGGUGUAUAGCCACUGA